GGAACGCACGCGUCACCAUUGCCGCCAGCCGCGUAUGUGCGCGAGCAUGUCGCCAUACCUCAUUUCAAUAAUGUGGUUGUUAGCGGACCGCCACCGCCGCUCAUGGCUGCCUAUUUCAGCGGCAUCGGCGCGGUACCUUGCAGCAGUGUCGAUCCUUCUAUGGGUACACCGAUCGCCACUUAUGUGCCAACGCCGGCGUUGCCGCCACCAUCCAGCUCUGCACAGCAGCCGACGCAUAGUCUACUGAAGACUCUUCCAAUGCAACCCACGCUCAGCCAGUUGGCAGCUGCGGUAUCGCACACGCCGCCACUGCCAACGAUGUCAUCAGCGACGGGCGUUGGUGUAACCACUUUACCGCCGCCGCUACCAUCGGUUGUUGUUGACGCUGCCACUAUGCCGCUCGCGGCGCAUUCUUCUAAGGCUGGACCCGCCAGUUUGCUGGCUUGUAACAGCGCUGUCAACAAUACCGCUGCCUCGACGUAUAACAGUAUUUAUGGUAAAUUACGUGAUACUUCUCCCGUCUUAGUGUCGUCAACUCUGAGCAGUGCAGCGACGCCGUUGGCCGGCUCCACUGGCACACCAGUUAACGCUGCACCGACAAUUGUCUCAGCAAACAUAAGCCUAUCUGAGUAUUUGGACACCAAAGUAAAAAGCUAUAGCACAACAAUGGGCGCUUACGUGUCGCAGACACAUGCGUAUAUAAGUGGCGGCAGCGUAAGCAACACAAGUAGCUUGCUGCAGAGCGUGGGAAAAGCAACGAAUAGCAGCACGUCCAGUAACAGCAAUACUGUUGUAGAAAACACAUCCGUCGCAGCUAUAGCAAUUGAGGCUCCGGUAGUCAGUAAAUUGCCAACACCCAUGAAAUUGCCGCUAACACGUACAGCCAGCCAUGACCCGCGUCUUAAUCCACAGUUGAAUUUGCCUGAACCACCACCUGCGCCGAAGCGCAAACUUUCUAUCAACGAGUAUCGUAAACGUAUGCAGUUGUCAUCGGAUGCGACAACGUGUGGUACACCCGACACGCCAGCGACGACGGUUAGUGCACCAACAACACCAGGCAACGCCAGCAAUUUGAUGUCAAAUUCCUUGAACAACAGUUUUGUGCAAGCUUAUAACAGUAUUGUUAAUGCUUCGCCUGAGGAGAUGGCCAGGCAAUUGUCCUCUUCGCCAACAACGCUGACACUCAAUAAAUACACACUCAAUUCGCCGGAGCGCAAGCGCCAUCACAGUGGAUCCGAGAUAGAGCAGCACCAUAAGCGUCACAGUGCUUCAUACGAUGAUGUGACGGGGCUGUUGAACAGUAGCACCGGCAGCAGCAGUUGUGGCAAUACGAGUGAUACAUCAUCGACAAAUCUGAAUAACGAUGAUGAUGGCAGGAAAGGUCAGUUCAGCGCCGCGCCUACACUACUUGAAAAGCAACAAGAAAAGCUGUGUGAGCGUUUGAAGCUACUGCGAAACAUGAACAAGGGUGUAUCAUCGCUAAGCAGCGCAGCCAGUGAGUUUGCAAGUCUUAAAAAGGAUUGUGAUCUCUAUGUGAAUCGCACUAACAGCAUCUCGUCCACAGACAAUUUGGACAAUUGUCUUGAAGAAAUUUCUUCUUCAUCCUCAUCAUCAUCGUCGUCGACAUCGCGGGAAUCAUCACGAGAUGCAAGUCCCGAACGAGGUUGUGUUAGUAGCAGUAGCGCAAGUACAAGUAAGCGGGCGACAAGCACCACCGCCACCUCCAGCUCAAACCAUAAGUGGUCGAAUGAGGCAGAAACAACUGCCAAUGCGGCGAGAGCUGCCACUCCAUCAAGAGAUGAGGACACAGUUGUUGCGGCGAGAAGUGGCAAUGAUUCAGCGACGUGAAGGAAUCAAGAUGAUGGUGUAGGCAAAGUGAAUGAAUAAAUUUCAUGUGCUUGUUAAAAAAGAUAUGGUAGCAGCUAAUUUUGUGGGUAAUAACACAAUAUAUCUAAUGUGUUGGUAAGGUUGCUAAUAAAUCAAGUAAGAACUGCAGUACUACAGCAGCGCCAGUGCAAGAAGAUGCAAGCAAAAGAUGCAAUAUUAAAGCGAUUAUUUAAAAUUUUAUCUUUCCUUAAACCAGUCCUUUUGCACUUGAGAUUACUAAUAUUUACUUGUAACAUACAUAUGUAUAUGUACUUAUGGCAGAGUAGAAUUGAAAAAAUAGCCAAAAAUUUUAGACAAAAAUUUAUAACUAAACGAAUCGAAAAGAAAUAAGCAAUUUGUUGGAGCGCGAUGUUUAUGAGUUAAAUAUUAACACAAACCAGCAGCGACAACGUUAAAUGAAUUUUCAAUACCCCCACAUAGUACAUACUUGCUUUAUAUAUCACAGACGUUAAUAUAGAGUAAGUUUUUAGUUUAAAAGCCCAUAAAGAAAUUUAUUAUUAAAAUGAAGUUAAAUGCUAAAUGUAAAUAAAUAAUAUAAAUUAAUAUUAGCUAAUUGCAGCGUGAAUAUAAAUAAUUAAUGUUAGUUUACAAUGAGAAAGCGCAAAACAGUAAAUGCUGAAAACAAAUAUGCGUCGAGUCUUUUAGAUGUUGUCAGCGUGCCAAAUCAGCGAAGUUUU